GUCAGUCAAACUCAGUUUAGCUCGUUUUUAGGUUAGAUUGGAAUGAAAUUUCGGGGUUUUUAACUAUUUAUUUCUAUUACAUAAUUGUAAUACUAAGCAAAAUGCUACCAUAAAUAGAGCACGCUCUUUGAGCACUUUUAAGUGUCCCAAGUUUCCUAGGAAAUAUAAUUAAAUAUCUUUCUUCAACAUGCAGUCCUUGGGAGUGACCUGGAGGCGAGUAGCCGCCAACGCAUUCAACACCAGCUCAGCUAAAGUAAGGAGAAUUGGGAAAAUAGCUUUCAGUGAUAAAUACUUGCUCUACACCAAUGUCAGCAUCUCCGUGACUCUCUCCAGUGUUGGGGACCUACUCCAGCAGCAGUACGAGAUCUUCACUAAAGAAUCAGAGAAAGUAGACACCAAAAGGACCACACACAUGGCCAUAUCAGGAGCUACUGUAGGAGUCCUCUGCCACAAUUGGUACAAAAUUCUAGACAAAUUCAUUGUAGGCAAGAGUGUCAAAAUGGUUUCUAAAAAACUUAUCCUAGACCAAUUCAUAUUUUCACCUGUAAUGCUAGUUAUAUUUUUUGGAACUUUAGCUCUCUUUGAGGAGGAACCUCUGCAGAAUUUCAAAGAUGAGCUCAGUGAUAAGUUUGUGACUCUUUACCAGGCAGAAUGGAUGGUGUGGCCACCUGCUCAGAUCAUUAACUUCUACUUUUUACCCACAAGAUUCAGAGUUUUGUAUGACAACACUAUUUCACUAGGCUAUGAUGUGUACACUUCCAAGGUAAAAAAUAGUGCUCCAACGAAAACGAAACCACUGUUAGAGAAGGCUAAACUAGACAAAAAUGCCAGUACUUCAAGCACAUCUUGACAAAUAAACACUUCUAGGCAACAUUUUUUUAGCCAAUUGAUAAGCGACAAAAUGAAAUAGCUUCUAUGACCGAGUGCAUUUUAUUACGUAAAAUAUGAUAUGUAGGUAUAUCACGUUUAUCUAUGUAAAUAUUAUAGGUAGAAACACUAAAUAAUAUUUCUCAUCAAAAUCUGUAAGUAUAUGUUUUAAAUCUAAGUAGAUAAUCUUUAUAUAAUAGCUAUAUAUCUUUACCUUUUGGUAUGUAAGUAUUGUAUUUAAAUCUAUUAAUUUAUCAUUUCGACUAUGAGUUGUCCACAUCAUGAAAUGAAGCUGUGAUAAUCAUAAUAGUCUAAUAAUAACUAUUUCUAAUUAUGUAUGCAAUACAAAGUACUUAUUUAUAAGUAGGUAGUUACUUAAAAUAUUAUUGAUAUUGUAAAAGUUACCUACACUAGAUACGAGCUAGACAUUACCUAAUAAAGUAAUUAAUGCAACGUUA